AUGUUGAACCGAUUCAGAUUGAUCCAAACCUCGAAAUCUUACAAUAGAUUUGAUAUCUACGGUUUCGGAUACGACAGUGUAUCCCGUGACAACUACAAGAUCUUGAGGAUCAACCAAGGCCAAUUAUCAACGGAGAUUGAGAUAUAUGAGUUUAAGUCUAAACUCUGGAGAAGUGUUGAUGCUACCCUCGAAUGCUAUGCACAUGCACUGCGGGGAUCUGUAUCUAUGAAUGGAAACAUGUACUGGAUUGCUCGAAAGAAGAUGGUUAACUCUGAAACUGAAAACGAAAUCUUCAUCCAAAAUUUUGAUUUUUCCACAGAAACAUUCAAGCCCAUAUGUUGUGUUCCAAAGGGAAUUGAAUAUUCUCUUAGUAAUGGUAAAAUAGUACUCUUGUCAGAUUUCGGAGGAGAUAUGCUUUCUUUGUUACACCAUCAUAAAAAUGUGAAGAUUGAGGUGUGGGUUACAAGCAAGCUGGCCGAUGGGGUUGUCUCGUGGAGCAAGUAUUUCAAUGUAACUUAUGAUCCCUUUGUAUUACACUCCACUUCCCGUCGCAGAAUUGGUCCGACAUGCUUCAUCCACAAGACAAAUAAGAUCAUGUUAUUGUGCCCGGAAUACGAUGCCCAGGAGAAUAAUGUUUACAUCGAUGUCUACGAAAUGUGCAAGGAUGAGAUCAAAAAACAAGUUGAGAUGACAGGAAGACAUAUAUUCUUUUAUACCCCUUGCAGUGUGUAUGUUCCAAGUCUAGUUCCGGUUACUUUUAUGGGGGCACUUGCAGUGGAAAGCAAGUUGGAACAGUAG